AUGGACCAGGCCCUCUUCCCCGGGGAGGGCUGCUGGCACGUGGAGAACCAGAUCCCCGAGCCCCAAACCCCGUGUCAGAUGGCGCCAGGGCACAAGGAGAACCUGGAGUCCCCACUGGGCCCUCGGCAGACGUCCCUCCAGGUAAGCCUGAGAGAGCAGGGACAGCAUGUCUGCGGAGGCAGCCUCGUCAGCCACCGGUGGGUGCUGACCGCCGCCCACUUCUUCUCCAACUCCGUGAAUCUGCAGGACCUGACCAUCCAGCUCGGAGAGUCUGUCCUGUACACCAAUCCCCAAGACUCCGUCUCCACAGCCGUCAUCAGCAUCGUCCGGCACCCCUCCUUCAACGGGAACGUGCUGCAGGGCAGCGACGUGGCCCUGGUGAAGCUGGCAUGCCCCGUGCCCUUCUCCUGCACCAUCAGAUCGGCCCCUCUGGCCUCGCCAGGCUCCUACUUCCUGCUGGGCACCCUCUGCUGGUGGCUCUGCUGGAGCCCCCACCGGCUGCAGGAGGUGGAUGUGCGCAUCGUCAGCCUGCAGGGUGCCGGUGACUCCGGAGGCCCCCUGGUCUGCCAGCUCCAGGACAAGCGCUGGGUGCAGGUGGCAGUGGUGAGCUCCAUCAGGGGCUGCGCUGAGCCCAGCCUCCCGGGGGUGUAUGCCAGGGUCUCUGCCUACCAGCCCUGGAUCCAGCUCCAAGUGUUCCUGCCAGGGUACCUGCACAGGGGCUGA